AUGGGUUCCAGCGCAAAGCGAAAGAAGGAGAAGCAAAAGGACUUCCAGAAACCCAAACUCAAGGUCGGCAAGGCCAAGGCGAAGCCGGAGAACUUUACAGAUACUAGUUUCCGAUCAAAAGCCAUUGUUCUGAAUCAACAAUCUCUCCAUGUCUCCGCUCCCAAUGCCGACAGCCAAUUCACUCACCACCUUUCCCUUCUCUCGUCCAAAUCGGAUAGCCAACGGCGCGAUUCGCUUGCCCACUUGACCACUACAAUCGCAUCGCGACCGGUCAAUUCACCAUUACCUCAACCUGUUAGCGUCAUGCUCCCAUCUCUGCUCCCUCUGAUUCUUGACGCAAACAACAAUGUGCGCACGGCACUUCUCAAGCUCCUGCGGACGCUUCCCAACAACGAUGUGCAAGAUCAUGUGGCGCAAUUGCUCCCUUAUGUUCGUGCCGGUAUGACCCAUCUAGCAGCCGACAUCCGUGUCUCUGCAGUCGAGAUACUUUCUUGGAUGGUUGAGGCGGCUGGAGAGGCAGUCGUUUCUUGUGCAGGCGGAUGGAUCAAGACCUUCAACUGUUUCUUAUCAGUCCUGGGCUGGCACACUGAGGAGUCGGCGCGCUGGUCGUCCAAUCGGGCCUCGUUUGGAAAGUCUGGCAGUCAGGGUCGACCGAUGGUGAAGGUUCUUGGUGCAUUGGCGGGAUUCUUAGAUGCUGGUAUUGGGGCUCCAGGAGGGGCUGGUGCCGGAGAUGAUGACCUGGCAGAUGACCUGUCUUCUUCCCCAUGGCCAUUCCCCUUGUGUCAAACGAGCCAGCACAUGAUCUCCGACUCGGCUACACCUUAUGCCUACUUGAACUUGUUUGGCCAGCCGCGAGACGAGGAGGGCGAAAUGUACGAGACUCGCGAGGACCGAUACCGGGUGUUCUCCACCCGGUUCUUGCCAGCCGUUGAGCGUGGACUCAAAAGCGCCAGAGAGGAGGGCGGCGAGUUGGGUCGUGCCUCGUCCGGGGUCACGAAAGUGUUGAAAGAGGCACUUUCCUAUGGAUCUGGACCUUGA